CACACCUGUGCCUGCCCCGCGCCCGGCUGCUGCGGACCUGAGGGCGACCUGAGAGGCACCUGCGCCAGAGUCUCCGCCUCUCUUCGGGUACCGGGCCGCGUCCCGAGGCCCGGCAGCCCUAAGGCAGCCACUCCCAAGAGGACGAACGCAGCGACUCCCGGGCACCCGGCGGCGUCCGCGGGACGGCGCUCCGAGGUAGUUGGUCCUCUCCGGGUAGCCGUCGGCGUCCGGUGGCCGGAGGGGCAGAGUCCACGUGACCCUUGGGGGGGGCAACGAGCAGGAGCAUGGCUGCCACUAGGCCGCUGUCCCGCUUCUGGGAGUGGGGGAAGAACAUAGUGUGCGUCGGCAGGAACUACGCGGACCACGUCCGGGAGAUGCAGAGCGCCGCGCCGAGCGAGCCGGUGCUCUUCCUGAAGCCGUCCACCGCCUACGCCCCCGAGGGCUCGCCAGUCCUCGUGCCCGCCUAUACCCGCAACCUGCACCACGAGCUCGAGCUGGCCGUGGUGAUGGGCAAGCGCUGCCGCGCCGUCCCUGAGGCGGCGGCCAUGGACUAUGUGGGCGGCUAUGCCCUGUGCCUGGACAUGACCGCCAGGGACGUGCAGGACGAAUGCAAGAAGAAGGGGCUGCCCUGGACUCUGGCCAAGAGCUUCACGGCCUCCUGCCCGGUCAGCGCGUUCGUGCCCAAAGAGAAGAUCCCUGACCCUCACAACCUGAAGCUCUGGCUCAAGGUCAACGGCGAACUCAGGCAGGAGGGUGAGACAUCCUCCAUGAUUUUUUCCAUCCCCUACAUCAUCAGCUACGUUUCUAAGAUUAUGACCUUGGAAGAAGGAGAUAUCAUCUUGACAGGGACGCCAAAGGGAGUGGGACCUGUUAAAGAAAACGAUGAGAUCCAGGCUGGCAUACACAGGAUCGUCACUAUGAGAUUUAAGGUGGAAAAGCCAGAAUAUUGAGUGUAUACAAAGCACCCUAACUUCCUAACUCACGUUUCAGCUGAAAAGGGAACAAGACAAAAGCAAGCAAAGGUUAUUUAAUUAAGUGUGACAAUCCUUUAAUAAGAAGCAGUUUUUUUAAUGAUUGGAUUGCUAUGCCUCAACUCAAGGAAGAUGGACGCUCAGAGAAAAACCUGAUCUAGAAGAGCUGGUCCAGAAAUGGAAAUGAGAAAGUGUCUCCUAGGAAACAAGCCAAAUGUUCAGAAGACUUACUUUCCUUUCCUAAAACUGGACUGGAUAAGACUUUUCAGUGGGUCAUUCUGGGACCACGUGUGCAAGACUUAAAAUCUGCAAAGGAAGUGGAAAAGCAUGUUUCAUCAGUGUUUCCCAAAGUUCCUUGAGCGUGCAAAUCAUCUGGAGGUAUUUGUAAAAAUAAAAAUUUCCAAAUUACUGGGUCAUUGCAGGCCCAAUGUAUUAAUUAAUGGAAUUAAUCUCUGGCACUCCAAGUGGUUCUUAUCAUGGAAAUGUGGAAAAACACUACUCCACAUAGUCAGUUAAUUAAAAGUUUUAUUUAAUAAGUGAGCAAUUAAUGAAGACCUCGCUUGUUUACUUAGAGUGUGUAUUCUGGCCCAUAGAUUCUGAGUUUAAGAGAUAAUUUUGAAACUAUUGUUUCCCAAUAAAUAUGCUGUCUUUUG